AUGGCUCCACAACCAGUCCCAUUCCCAGGCUUCACCCCGAUAACUGAUCGAGUCUACCUUCGCAACGGCCACGAAAAGGCCAAACCAGCCCCAGCCAACGAGCCAACAACAAUCCUCAUCUCCGGCUGGGGCGACGGCACACCAAAGCACGUCGCCAAAUACUCAGACGGCUACCAUGAGCUCUUCCCCUCAGCACGGAUCAUCGUCAUCCUCUCAAAAACCUUCCAGGCAACCAACCAGCCCGAAGAAGACAGAAUCCAAGCCAUGAUGCCCGUCGUCGACACCAUCUUCCCAACGCCAACAGGCGACGGCGGCGACGACAAAGAGCGUCUCCUCGUGCACGCCAUGUCGAACACCGGCGCCAUCUUCGCCGCCGCCGUAGUCAUGGCCUACCAGCGUCGCCACGGCGACGAUAAGCCGUUCCCGCACGAGCUUCUGGUGCUGGAUUCCACCCCUGGCAGUCUGCACUUUGCUUCUCAGGCUGGUCGGUGGGCGCGUGCGAUGGCGGUUGGGACGGCGAAGUUCUUCCCCUGGCCGUUUGUCGUCACGAAGGGAUUGUGGUAUGUUUUCUUGUGGGGGACUUAUUUGUGGGGUGUUCUGCGCGGCUUGGAGCCGUCUGGGAAGUGGGCGAAUCGGGUUAUGACUGAUAAGUCGCGGAUCACGACUGAGUCGCGCAGGCUGUAUUUGUAUUCUAAGGAGGAUGAGAUUAUUGGAUAUGAGGAUUUGGAGGAGAAUGCGGCUCAUGUCAGGAGCUUGGGGUAUACUGCUGAUUUGGAGAUGUUUGAGGGUUCUGCGCAUGUCGGGCAUAUGAGGCUGCAUCCUGAGCAGUAUUGGAAUAAGAUUUCCAGUACUUGGAAGUUGGCUAUUGCGGAGAAAUAG